GGAUGCAACUUGACGAAAUUUCUGUUGGACCUUGAUGAAACAUGAUACUUUCUAAAUAACUCCAUUGUUUUUCAUUUCAGACUAUGAUACAUUUAUUAUGGUGUAUGUUGUAGCCAUGAGGCAAUGUGUCAUUUGACACCUAUCACUUUUACAAUCAUCACUGCUGCCUCUUCUUUCUACCUUGUGGGAAAGGAAACGAAGCGGUCAGAGUACCAAACUCAAUGCGGGCGAGCGGAGAGCGAGGCAGCUAGCUAGUUAUACAAGCAGCCUGAAGGAGAGCUAUUUUAAAUGGCGGAGAACAUACGAUCACUGUUUGAUUAUCGGGAACCCCCGACCCUGGACAGCGACGGAGAAGGGAGCAAACCUCCACCGCCGCGAGGGCGAGGCUGUGGGCGGAAGAGGAAGGGGACCCCGGUGAAGGUGUGUGACAGGGUGUUUGUCACAGAAGACGAGGAGGAGAGUCUGUCUGAACACAGCUACUGUGCCGGUGACGGUCAGUAUCAGGAGGGCGAGGAUGACCGCCUGCCCCCCCCGGACAGCCCCUACUACCUCAGUGACCCGGCUCAGCUGUGCGUCUCUGAGCUGGGUGAAGAGGGGGCCAGCGGCGCCCGGGCGGCCAUGUUGUACGCCCCCCCGGCCAACUGCCGCAUCAGAGAGGUGCAUUGUGGGAGCCAGGUGCGGCUCGUCGUCAUCGCGAUCAGAGACAUCGCCAAAGGAGAGGAGAUAACGGUGGACUACAGUCUGACGGAGUGGGGAGAGAACGCCAUGGGUUUCCACAGUUCCGUGUCCCCAGGUGGGCUAGAAUGCAGCUCUGAUCCCGAGAACAACAUCAAGAAGGAGGACGAGUCCGGUCCCGUGCCCCUCUCCCUCUCCGUGUCGGACUACCUCACCCCCUCCUGGUCCCUCUCUCCGUCGUCUUCUCCCGUCUCCCACUCGGAGCCCAGCGACUCGGACCACGAGGAAGAGGAGGAGGAGGAGGAGCUGCAGGAGCUGCGGGGCCGGAUGCUGCGCCGGCGUAAGAAGAGGAAGACGGCGUGCGGCUCCACGGCCAAGCGCAAGGCCGGGCCCCGGACCCCGAGCCGGCCCCUGCCCUUCUCCCGCUCGCCGCACUCCUCCCCUCCCCCGGCCUGCCGCCCCGCGCCCUCCUUCGCCACGCCGCCCCUCCCGCCCACCACCAACAUCAACAACAACAUCAACAUCAACAUCGGCCGCGGCCGCGGGGCCGCCAACCGGAGGCAGUGCCUGUACUGCGGCCGCCACUUCCGCUCGCUGGCCCGCCACCUGGAGAAGCACCACGCCCAGCAGCCGGAGGUGCGGGCGGCCAUGGAGCGCGCUCAGACCUUCCCCAACGCCCCGCUGGCCCCGCACCCCGCGCCGUCUCCCGCCCCCUCCUCCGCCCCCCCCACCGCCCCCUCUCUGUUCCCCCGGGAGAGGGAGGCGCAGAACAGUCACGCGGGCGGCGUCUCCUUCUCCCUCUCCCUCUCCCCUCCCUCCCUCGCUCACGCCUCCUCCUCCUCCUCCCCCGCCGCCGCCGCCGCCACGCCCAAGAAGAGCCCCGCCCUCUCCGCCGCCCCGCCCCGGAGGGGGCCCUCGCUGUCGGCCACGCCCAAAAAGGGCCGCCGGAUGCUGAAGAAGGAGAAGGAGGAGGAGCAGGAGAGACGGGAGGCGGCGGCCGCGGCUAAAGAGGAGGAGGAGGAGGAGGCCUCCCCGCCCAGCUUCCUGGCGGCGCUGAAGGAGCAGGAGCCGGAGGCCAACGGGGAAAAGGACGAGGACAGCGGAGGGGAGGAGAAGAAAGGCGAGAUGCUGAGCGCCCACAGGCCCCACAUGCUGCCCCUGCUCUCCUCGCUGUCCUCCCUGGUGGCACACCUCCGUCGGCAGCAGCACUCCUCCUUCGUGUCCCUGUCUCGCUCCCCGCAGGCCGCCGAGGCCUGGCGCCUGCUGUGCCACUCCAGCCUGGCCCUGCUCAUCCUGUACAACCGCCGGCGCGAGUGCGAGGUCUCCAAGCUCACCAUCCAGGAGUACCAGAACCGGGCCACGCCCCAGCCCCACCCGCCCGGCGCCGCCCCCACCCUCACCCCUCUGGAGGCCUCGCUGUCGCCCUUCGAGCGGCAGGUCCUGUGCCACCUGCCUCGCGCCGGCGUGCUGGGGAAGAGGGGCCGCGUCCAGCCGCUGAUCCUGCCCCCGCACAGCGAGCCCUGCCUGGAGCUCCUCCUCCAGACCCGGCCCGGGGUGGGCGUGGACCCCCAGAACCCCUACCUGUUCGCUCGGCCCUACCACUCCCCCGCCACGCCCCUGCGUGGGGCCGACCUGCUGCGCAGCCUGGCGCGGGCCAGCGGCACCAAGAACCCCCAGGCCCUGACCCAAACCCGCGUGCGCCGGCAGGUGGCCAUCCUCACCCAGCUCCUGCUGCUCGGGGAGGGCGAGGGGGAGGGGGCGGGCCAGGGGGCGGGCCAGGGCAGCAGCGCCGCCCAGCGACUGGAGGGCUUCCUGCAGAAGGAGUACCACGUGACCCAGAGCUGCGCCCGGAUUGGCCAGGACCCGGGGCUGAUGGGACGGGUGGGCCGCGUGGUGCUGUGUGGGGAGCGGGACGGGGUCCUCUUCAGGGGAAUGAGCCUGCACCACAUCUGCCUGGAGCUGGACGUGAUGUCGGGGAACUCGGCCGAUUCGCUCACGGACGAUUCGGACGCGGAGCAGAGGAAGGUUCCGGAGAAGGGGCCGGCCGGGCGGCGGGGCAGGGGGAAGACCCAGCCCCCUCGGAGGAGGAGAACGAGCGCCCCUCCUGCCCCCGCCUCCUCCGUCAACCCCUCCCCCGCUCCCGCCCCGAGGAGGAGAAGCGCCCAGCCCAAAUCAGGUAAGCGCGGCGUUCUGAAGCGGCCGUGGUCAGAGGCGGAGCGCGCGGCGGUGGAGUUCCACCUGAGCGGCAACAUCGCGGACCUGCGCGUUCCCGCCAAGGCCGACUGCGAGCGCUGCCUGCACCUCUGCCCCCUGCUGGUCACCAACCGCCGCGACUGGAGGGCCAUCAAGUUCUACUGCCACAACCGCAUCCAGCUCCUGAAGAAGAGGGAGCGCCGGGAGGGCGGGGCCUCGGGGCUGGGCCUGUCCGUCUGCUGAGGGGGCGGGGCCACGGGCUCUCUCCCGUUCUCAGUAAGGAGCACUGACCUUUUAUGACAAAGACUGAACUAAGAGGAGGGAGCCAAGAUGAGGGGGUGGAACCGAGGAGACGGCUGGGGCCUGGACCGGACUUUAAGGCUGAGAUGUGUGUGAAGGCCACAAGGGGGCGCUUUCUGUCGCGUCUUUCGUGGUGGGAGCGGGGCACAGUGGACAAGAGUGGGAGAAGAGAGCUUGGAAGAGGGAUUGUUUCAUUGUGAGGGGAGAGGAGAGGAGAGGAGAGAAGGGUGGAAUGUCCUCUGAAUCAUUAAAAUAUUUUGAAUUCCA